GAGGUGCUGGGGGGCAGGGCAGGCCGUCCCACGUUAGCCAUGGCUGGUGAAUGGGGCAGAGGCUCUGUCCAGCGCUGUCUGGGGGCUGGAGUGACUCACCAGCGUGUAGCUGGGUCGUGCGAGGCGCUGCCCGGUGGGGUCGGGUGCCCACCGCGGGCACAUCUGCUUGGCUCUGAGGUGCGUGGGCUGGCGCCAGGGGGCCAGAUAAUCUGAUGAAACAACAAAACCGCCCCCUCUGAGGCUGCUGGCACCUGGCAUUUCCCAGGGUCUGCGGAGCCACAGGGAGCCCUGGGACGGGCCGUGAGGAGCGUGGGCAACAGGGGACUUGGCAGCUCCUCUGGGUCUGUCCCCCCCGCCGGCAAAGGGUUAAAGGUCACUGCAGGGUCAGCAUUUCCCGGGGGGGGCACUCAGCUGGGAAAGGAAGGGAAGGUGUUUCUGGCUGGCAUGGGGGGGGCGCCCCACCUCUGGUCUCCCUCGUCUGAUGCCCCGUCCUGCUUAGACCCUGCUGUCUGGCCCAGCAGGUGGUGAAAGAUGGUGAGGUCUCUCCCCCACCCCGCAGUCAUUUCCCUCCCCCUGCCAUGCGGAGCCAGAGGGUUCAUAGUGCCCAGGCUGGGGGGCGGUGGGGCAGGACUCCUGCACUGAAUAAUGGAGCUGACCAUUGGGGUAGAAAGACACCAGGGGCUGGAGUGAGUCUCACCCACACACCCUCUCCCUGUGACCAGGGCAUUCACAGGGCUGCCUGGAGGAACUCAAACCCGAAAUUGCAGAACUGCUAACUACGGGAACCUAUCGCCGAAAUCCACCUCCGCCCCAGUCGAGGGCUGGAGGGGAGCAAAUGUGACGCCGAUUUUUAAAAAUCCCAAGGGGAUCAUGGCAAUUACAGGCCAGUGAGUCUCACUUCAGUCCCAAGCAAAGUGGUAGAAACGAUAGUGAAGAACAGAAUUAUCAGCCACAGAGAUGGGGAAGAGUCAACCUGGCUUGUGUCACGGGAAAUCGCGCCUUGCCACUCUAUUACAAUUCUUUGAGGGAGUCGACAAGCAUGUGGACAAGGGGGAUCCGGUCAACUAGCGGAUCUGGAUUUUCCGACUGACCUUGACGAGGUCCCUCAUCCAAAGGCUCUGAAGGAAACUACGUAGCCUGGGAUGUGAGGGAAGCUCUUCUCGUGGGUCAGUAACUGGAGGAAGGACAGGAAACAAAGUGUGGGAAUAGACAGGCGGGAACCGCAGGGAUCUGUACAGGGCCUAGGGCUGCUCACCAUAUACGUUAGUGAGCUGGGGAAAGGGGUAAACAGGGAAGUGACAAAAUACUCGAGAUGGUUCAGCCCAAAGCAGGCUGUGAAGAGCUACAAAGGGACCCCCCCAAACUAGGGGCAGGGCAAGCAAAUGGCAGCUGACAUUGGUGCGCUGAGCCGUGCAAAGGACCGAGCACUGGAAGUGCGAAUCCCAUCUCCACACAGACAGUGAUGGGGUCUCACGUCGCUGGGACCACUGGGAACAGCCUGGAGUCACCGCUCAAUGGUCAGGGAGGCCAGCCGGUGCCUCUGGGAUCUGGUCGUGUUUGUUCAUUCGCUCCCUGUAGGCCUGGCGGGCGGGGAGCCAGGGGAGCUGGCAGCCACGGCGGCUCAGUGUUUACCCCAGGCGGGUGCUGGCACGCCCUCGGCUCGCUGGCAUGGCCGUGCCGCUGACUUCACCCUCGUGGAGCCUGGCAUUUGCUCCCUCUGCCAUCUGGGGUGGAACCCGGGCCAGGCGCGGAGGAGACGUCCAGCAGGGCGGGGAGGGGGGAUAAGGGACCAUUCCUGCCCCCGGGGGCUGCACCUGGACCAGGUUGGUCUCCCUGAGCAGGGCUGGGGGAGGGCAGGACUGUCUGACGCCACCAGCUGCUCUGUGCCUGCUGCCUCUUAAAGAGACAUGCACGGCCCUGGGGUGGCUGGCCCGGGGCUCCCCCUACGCUGCGCUCCCCAUCCCCCAGUGCAGACACACCAGCCCCAUGUGACCCCCUCUCCCCCAUCCUUCAGUGCGGCCGUGCAGCGCUGGUGCAGAAAGUGACUUGUGCUAGCUUACCACAGCCUGGGGGCUUGCACGGCUACAAGCCGCAUUUCACACUAGCAGCUACACUUGGGGGUCGCGGGGGGGGGCAGCUGCAAGGUGUUAUUUUUAAUCACCUCAGGGGCUGUCAGCAGCACCCACCGCCCUGUACCCCCCCCCGCCAAAUAUCCCAGGGCGGGUCUGGGGGCGUCAGUGCUGUGCGCAGGAGCACAGAUCUGGAUGGACUUGGAGAGGUGGGGGUGGGGGGGGGGUCGGGCGUCUGGGCGCAGGGCUUCCGGGCUACAGCUCCCCGUCCUGUGGCGAUGGCACUCAGGGUCCCCUGCCCCGCAGGGCUCAGCCGAUUCCUACACCAGCCGGCCGUCCCUGGACUCAGACGUGUCCCUGGAGGAGGAGCGCGAGACGGCCCAGCACGAGGUGGAGAACCAGGCACAACAGCAGCUGGAGAGGGCCAAGCACAAGCCGGUAGCGUUUGCCGUACGCACCAAUGUCAGCUACUGCGGGGCCCUGGAUGAGGAGUGCCCAGUGCAGGGCUCCGCCAUCAACUUCGAAGCCAAAGACUUCCUGCACAUCAAGGAGAAAUACAGCAAUGACUGGUGGAUCGGGCGGCUAGUGAAGGAGGGGGGGGACGUCGCUUUCAUCCCCAGUCCCCAGCGGCUGGAGGCCAUGCGGCUGAAGCAGGAGCAGAAAGCCAGGAGAUCUGGCAACGCCUCCGGCCUCGGGGACCCCAGCAAGCGGCGAUCACCUCCCCCGUCCUUAGCUAAACAGAAGCAAAAGCCGGCAGAGCACAUCCCGCCCUAUGACGUGGUUCCUUCCAUGAGACCAGUGGUGCUGGUGGGCCCCUCCCUGAAAGGAUAUGAGGUGACGGACAUGAUGCAGAAAGCGCUCUUCGACUUCCUCAAGCACAGGUUUGAUGGCAGGAUCUCCAUCACCCGCGUCACCGCCGACCUGUCCCUCGCCAAGCGCUCCGUCCUCAACAACCCGGGCAAGCGCGCCAUCAUCGAGCGCUCCGCCACCCGCUCCAGCAUUGCCGAGGUGCAGAGCGAGAUCGAGCGCAUCUUCGAGCUGGCCAAGGCCCUGCAGCUGGUGGUGCUGGACGCCGACACCAUCAACCACCCGGCCCAGCUGGCCAAGACCUCACUGGCCCCCAUCGUGGUCUACGUCAAGGUGUCCUCGCCCAAGGUGCUGCAGCGGCUAAUCAAAUCCCGGGGCAAGUCGCAGGUGAAGCACCUCAACGUGCAGAUGAUGGCGGCCGACAAGCUGGUGCAGUGCCCGCCGGAGCUCUUUGACGUGAUCCUGGACGAGAACCAGCUGGAGGACGCCUGUGAGCACCUGGCCGAGUACCUGGAGGUGUACUGGAGAGCCACACACCAUCCGCUGCACCCGCUGGGCAGCCAGCCCCUCCUGACGCCGCCCGCCGCCAUCCCGGGCCUGCAGAACCAGCAGCUGCUGGGGGAGCGGGGUGGGGAGCACUCCCCCCUCGAGCACGACAGCCUGAUGCAGUCGGACGAGACAAGCGAGACCUCCCGCAAGCCCUGGGCGGCCGCCUCGCAGCGCAGCUCCCAGCCCCUGGAGGACGAGUACCCGGACCCCUACCCGGAGCUGUACCAGCCCCACCGGCACCACAACAGCGGCCUGCACAGCGCCAACGGGCACGACUCGCAGGACCGGCUCCUGCAGCGCGAGGCCGAGCAGACCCACAACGACAGGAACUGGCAACGCAACCGGCCCUGGGCCAAGGACAGCUACUGAUGGGCCCCGGCCUCAGCCACCCCCAUCCCCGCUGUCAGAUCAGCCCCACGGGCCCAGGGAGCCUGGCCGCCCAGCCACAGCCCUGGCUGACCCGCCCCGGCCUUCCCCCAAACACAGCCCGCCAGGUAGCUCGUGGGGUCACACACUCCCUGCUGUACCUAACUGGGGGGGAGGAAAAGCCCUCUGUCCUCAGGCCCCCUGCCCCUGCUAGGCAUUGCUCAGACAAUCUCCCAGGCGGGAACCCCCCCGGUCCCCGCCCUGUUCCCACUCUGUCCAGCUGCACGAGGAGAGGUCGGAAGCCAGGACACCUGGGUUCUAAGCACUGGCUAGCCCCUGCUCCAGGCCUGUUUCCCUGGCAGUGCUUGCUCCAAGCCCCUCCAGCCCCCUUGCCCUCUUCCUUAGGGCUGGGCUCGGCUCCCUGGGGCAGGGCCUGGGAGUCCAGCUAACAGGGCACAAUUUGCUAAGUGAAAACCCCCCAGGGUAGGGUGAGGAGCCUGGAUGCUGCCCCCCUCCCCUCUUUCAGUGGGGCUCAGCCCUGAACAUCCAGCGGCCCAGCCCCACCGCCCACACCCGUAACCACUAGCAUCCAGCCACGACGCAGAGAAGCCUGUACGUAGUGAACCCCACCGCCCCGCACUGGCUGGACUGGGCACGGGGCGCCCGAGGGGGGGAGAGGGAGAUUUCCCCCCUGGCUGGGGGAGCUGGGGCGAGCCCUCGGGGGGCCGGGAACCACGGAGCGGCCACGGAUUUGUUACAGCUCUUGUGUAGGAAGCACUUACUGCCGACAACCUGUAGCCUGUUUAACAAAGAAGUGUUUGCAGUUUA